AUGACUUCGGCUCCAUCCGCCGGUCGUGAGCUCUCGAAUCCGCCGUCCGACGGCAUUUCCAAUAUCCGAUUUUCAAAUAACAGUGACCAUCUCCUCGUUUCUUCAUGGGAUAAGCGUGUGAGAUUGUAUGAUGUGAGCACGAAUUCGUUGAGAGGGGAGUUUUUACACGGCGGGGCAGUACUCGAUUGCUGUUUCCACGAUGAGUCCUCUGGUUUCAGUGUUGGCGGCGACAACAAAGUCAGACGGAUUGUUUUCAAUGUUGGCAAAGAGGACAUUCUGGGGAUGCAUGAAAAACCAGUGCGAUGUGUUGAGUAUUCUUAUGCUGCAGGGCAAGUUAUCACUGGAUCUUGGGAUAAAACAGUUAAAUGUUGGGAUCCAAGAGGUGCAAGUGGGCCGGAACGCACCCAGGUGGGAACAUAUCUGCAACCAGAGCGUGUUUACUCUCUGUCACUUGUUGGAAAUCGUUUGGUAGUGGCAACAGCAGGAAGGCAUGUGAACAUCUACGAUCUCAGAAAUAUGUCUCAACCUGAGCAAAGAAGGGAGUCUUCGCUGAAAUACCAGACGAGAUGUGUGCGUAGUUAUCCUAAUGGAACAGGAUAUGCCCUUAGCUCUGUUGAAGGAAGGGUUGCAAUGGAGUUUUUCGAUCUAUCAGAGACUGCUCAAGCUAAAAAAUAUGCUUUCAAAUGUCACCGCAAAUCAGAGGCUGGAAGAGACAUUGUUUACCCCGUAAAUGCCAUUGCCUUUCAUCCAAUUUAUGGCACCUUUGCAACCGGAGGUUGUGAUGGUUUCGUCAACAUUUGGGAUGGUAACAACAAGAAGAGGCUAUAUCAGUAUUCAAAGUAUCCAACAAGUAUCUCGGCACUGUCAUUUAGUCGAGAUGGUCAGCUACUAGCUGUUGCUUCAAGUUACACAUUUGAAGAGGGGGAGAAAUCGCAGGAACCAGAGGCCAUCUUUGUAAGAAACGUUAACGAAAUCGAAGUGAAACCUAAACCCAAAGCAUACCCAAAUAAGGCUUAG